GAAACAGCGACGAUGAUGAAGGAUGAGCAAGGCCGUCCUUUCAUCGUCGUGAGGGAUCAGGGAAAGAAGAAGCGCCAGUUCGGUAACGAAGCUGUCAAGUCUCACAUCCUUGCCGCCCGUACGGUUGCGACUCUCGUCAAGUCGUCUCUCGGCCCCCGAGGCCUCGACAAAAUCCUCAUCUCUCCUGAUGGCGACAUCACGAUCACAAACGACGGUGCCACCAUCCUGCAGCGCAUGGAGAUUAGCAAUCAUGUUGCCAAACUCCUCGUGGAACUCUCCAAGUCCCAGGACGAGGAGAUUGGUGACGGUACAACUGGUGUCGUCGUCCUCGCUGGCGCCAUGCUGGAGCAAGCCGCCGACCUCAUCGACAAGGGCAUCCACCCCAUCCGAAUCGCUGACGGCUACGACCAGGCCUGCGAGAUUGCCUGUGCUGAGCUGGACAGGAUCUCGGACGUGAUCGAGUUUACAAAGGAUAACACUGAGAAUCUCGUCAAGGUUGCCAGGACCAGCCUUGGCAGCAAGAUCGUCUCCAAGGCCCACGACCAGUUUGCCAACAUUGCCGUAGACGCCGUCCUGUCGGUUGCCGACCUCGAGCGCAAGGACGUCGACUUUGAGCUCAUCAAGGUGGACGGCAAGGUCGGUGGCGCCCUUGAGGACACGCUCCUCGUCAAGGGUGUAAUCGUGGACAAGGACUUCUCCCACCCUCAGAUGCCUUCCGAGGUUCGGGACGCCAAGAUUGCCAUCCUGACCUGCCCCUUCGAACCCCCCAAGCCCAAGACGAAGCAUCACCUUGACAUCACCAGCGUCGAAGAGUUCAAGAAGCUGCAGAACUACGAGCAGGAGAAGUUCAUCGAGAUGAUCCAACAGAUCAAGGACGCGGGUGCCAACCUGGCCAUCUGCCAGUGGGGCUUCGACGACGAGGCCAACCACCUUCUUCUUCAGAACAAGCUCCCCGCUGUGCGGUGGGUUGGCGGCCCUGAAAUUGAGCUGAUUGCCAUUGCCACCAACGGCAGGAUAGUGCCCCGAUUUGAGGACCUGUCCGAGAAGAAGCUCGGAAGGGCCGGUGUCGUGAGGGAGAUGAGUUUCGGAACGACCAGGGAGAAGAUGCUCGUCAUCGAGGAGUGUGCCAACACCCGUGCUGUGACGGUCUUUGUCCGUGGCAGCAACAAGAUGAUCAUCGACGAGGCCAAGAGAUCCCUCCACGAUGCCCUGUGCGUCGUGCGCAACCUGGUUCGCGACAACCGCGUGGUGUACGGUGGUGGCUCCGCCGAGAUUGCCUGCGCGCUGGCCGUUGAGGACGCGGCGGCCAAGACGCCCGGUCUUGAGCAGUACGCCAUGCGUGCCUUCUCGGACGCUCUCGAUGCCGUUCCCAUGGCGCUGGCCGAGAACAGCGGGCUCAACCCUAUCUCGACACUGGCCGAGGUGAAGAGCCAGCAGGCCAAGGCCGGACCCGAGGGACGGGGCAGGGUCGGCGUGGACUGCAUGGGCCGCGGAGACAACAACAUGAAGGAGGCCUUCGUCAUCGACCCCCUCAUUGGCAAGAAGCAGCAGCUCCAACUGGCGACGCAGCUGUGCCGUAUGGUCCUCAAGGUUAAUAACGUCAUUGUGUCGGGUACGGACAAUGACUACUAG